CGGCAUUAUUGGGUCCCAGUACUCCAUAUAUAACCGCGUUGUUCUCCUUGUAAUUUGUCUUUGGUCCUUUUUUUUCUUCUGUAAUUUGUUUCUCUGUCGGUAGACUUUUGUGACUCAUAAGACUCAGCGGCAUCGGAGCCAAUUGACCGGAGCUACUUAUACGGAAAUAUCCCAGUUGCACGCCGCAUCGGUCGAUUUUAUUCAAUCCCAACACACCAAAAAAAAAUACACAUCAAAAUGGGCUCCGUCGCGCCGUCUCUCGCCGAGCUGGAUGGCUCCAACAUCAAUGUCACCCGGUCGACCAAUCUCCGCGAGAUUCCUCAGCCCGGCUCGCCCGAGGAAUCAAGCCACUCGUACUGUACGGACCACAUGGUCACUGCGCGGUGGACCGCCGAGAAGGGCUGGGAGACCCCCGAGGUCAAGCCGUAUCAGAACCUGAGCAUCCCGCCGACGGCGUCGUGCCUGCACUAUGCCACCGAGUGCUUCGAGGGCAUGAAGGCCUACCGCGGCUAUGACGGCAAGCUGCGCCUGUUCCGCCCCGACUGCAAUGGAGAGAGACUGGUCAUGAGCUCCAAGAGGACAUCCCUGCCCGGUUUUGCGUAUGGGGAGCUGAAGCGCCUCAUUGGCAAGAUGCUGCAGAUUGAUGGACCCCGAUGGCUCCCCAAGAACCAGCCCGGUCGAUUCCUCUACAUCCGCCCUACUAUGAUCGGCAGCGGCACCCAGAUGGGCAUCCAGACGCCCAAGGAGGCCCUCCUCUUCAUCGUCGCCGUGCCCUGGCCCGACCCGUCCCAGAAGCCCGUGGCCCCCAACGCCAAGCCCGGCCUGAAGCUGCUGGCCUCGCAGCCGGAUGCGAUCCGCGCCUGGCCCGGCGGAUUCGGGUACGCCAAGCUGGGCGCCAACUACGGGCCCUCGCUCGAGGCCCACGGCAAGGCUCAGGCUCUGGGCUUCGACCAGGUGUUGUGGCUGUUUGGUGAGAAGCGCCUGGUCACCGAGGCCGGCGCCAGCAACUUCCUCAUUGUCUGGAAGAACAAGGAGACCGGCAAGCUGGAGCUGAUCACCGCGCCGUUGGAGGAUCAGCUGAUUCUCGCGGGUAUCACCCGCCGGAGUGUCCUUGAGCUGGCUCGCACUCGGCUGGUGGCGCCUGUUGGUAACCUGGCCCCUAUCGAGGUGGUCGAGCGCAAUUUCACCAUCGGUGAGGUGGAGGAGGCGUGGAAGGAGGGCCGCAUUGUUGAGGCCUUCGUUUGCGGUACUGCUUUCUUCGUGACCCCCGUCAGACUUAUCCGGAAUGGCGAUGUGGAUAUGGACAUGCUGGAAGCCGGUGCUGCUCAGGCUGGAUAUGCUGCCCAGAUCAAGUCGUGGCUCGAGGCUGUCAUGUACGGCAAGGACGGCCAGGAGAACCACAAGUGGGGUUAUGUGAUUGAGGAGGAGUGCUAAAUCUAACGAGGGUGUAAGACGAGUGAUAUUAAUAGAUACCAAGCUGGGUUUAGAGGGAUCUAAUCAGCAAAUAGAUAUAUAACCAAAAUAGAUGGUCA